UCCGAGAAGAGAGAGAAUUAAUAUAAUAUUGUCAGCUAUAGGAAUGUGUUGUUAUAAUAAAAAGAAAAUUCCAAUAUCAUUUUGCAAAUAAUUUUGACAAUAGCUAUAAUCAAUAUUAACGAUAAGCCAAGGACUUCGACGACAAUAUGCUCAUAUUUGCAGUCAAAUUAUUGCAAAAAUAAAAAUAUUAAGCAAAAAUAAAAAAAAAAUUUUAGUUUAUUAAUAAAAACCAAAAGAAUAAAAAUAUUUUAAUAUUAUUUGGAAAAUAUUUCAAUUUAAUAAAAAUAAUUUUAUAUAGAGUGUGAAUAAAAUAGCAAAAAAAAAUUUAUUUAUAAAAAAAUCAAAAUAAAUAAAUAUUAUUAAAAUAUAUUUUAAUUUUAACCUUAUAACAAAAUAAUAUUAUAAUAAUAUUAUUCUAACAAUAAUAAUAUAAUAAAAGUGGGAAAAUACACGCUAGCACAAUGUAUCAAGUUGAAACGGAUUCAGAGGAUGAUUACGAAUGUUUGUUCCUAAAACCAGUUAAUGGUUACAAUAUGGCAGAGAGAAUAAAACAAGCAAAUGAAGAACUAUUUGCAUCUCCUGGUCCUAAAUCACCUUGUGUUUUGCCAAGAAGAGUAACCUUUCGAAGGGUACUCGAAGAUUAUGACGAUGGUGAUGAUAAUAUUAGUAUUGUUAGUGUUGAUAGUAUUGAUGGAACAAAUACCAAUACAAAUCAUGAAGUUAAAAAGAAAAUCUUAAAUCAUAUACCAGAAAUUGAAGAAGAAGAAAAACAAGAAACAAUAACUGAAUCAGAAACUGAAGAAAUUGUUGAAGAAAUUAUUGAAAUUAGUUUAAAUACUGAUAAUAAUGAAAAUUCAAAUGAAACAAAUCAAUUACAAAAUAAAGAAGAAGCUUCAACUUUAGAAACUAAUGAUGAUAUUGAUAAAUUAAAUAAUAAGAAUUUAAUGGAAACGAAUAGACCUAAAUCACCAACAUCACAAUCGACAACAAUCAUUGAAGAAGAAAUUGAAACAUCAAUAAAAAUUCAAGAAAUUCCUGCCACUCCACCAAGUGUAACUAUUGAUAAAACAAGUCCUUCAUCAUCGUUAUCAACAUCAUCAUCUGAUGAUGAUGAUUUAUCAGUAAUUGUUGCAUCAUAUAUUCCAGAAGAUUUUGAAAUUGUUCAAGAAAAAUCAACUGAUGAAAGUGAUGAAAAAUCAAAGAAAACAAAGAAAUUUUCAUUUCGUAAGAAAAAGAAAACAGAAACUGAAACAAAAUCAGCUGAUAAAAAUAAUAAGAAACAAAAAAAUAAUAAAAAUUCAACAACAACAACAACUUCGACAACAACCACAACAAGUGAAACAGAAGAUGAUUUAAAAUUUUAUUACAAAACUUGUUGUGAAUAUAAAAAUUCUGUAGAUGCAAAUGCAUCAUUACCAAAAUAUACUGGUUACUUAUCCGAAUAUGGUUUAAGUAAAGAACAAUUGCAAAAACGAAAUAUAAAUAUGGAAAAACAAAAGAAAAUUAUUUUAGAGAAAAAUUUGAAAGCAACUGAAUGUCAAAUACAAAAAAUGGAGGACAAUGAACGAGCAUUUACAAGAUGGUUAAAAAAUAAAAUGAGAUUUCCAGUUAAUAAAACAAAAAAUAUGUUUGAUUUUCAUCAAAAUAAAAAUGCAAAGAAGGCUAAAAGUUAAAAAGAAAAUUAAAACCUUAAAAAAUAAUUUAACUAAAACGCGCAGUAAAAAUUUCAAUUAUA